CCAGCCCCCCAACUCAGGCAAACCACAUGACACUGAUACAACAGCCAAAUUUUUUCAAGCUGACUACAUAGAAUGAUUUUUGGAAAAACCCCAGAAACACUACAUUACAGAAGUUGUACAAUCCCAGCUUCUGUAUUGCAGUUCUUCUUUGAAUCCUAUAUAAGAAAGGAGAGGCUCACAGAUAACAUUAUCAAGUGGAUUUAGUAUUAAGCUCUUCUCUGCUGCUUUGGAAAUACAGACAAGAAAAGUUUCUGUAAAGAAUGAAAUUUUUCUCUCUUUGGCUCAUUACUCUAACUGGCACAUGCCUCAAGAUCUCAUGCUCAGUGGUUUACCUGCGGAACAUGGACCGAUUCAUCGAGGCUAUAAAUCACACUGAGGACUUGAAUCCUGGGCUGAGGCCGCUGGCUCUGGUGCGGAGUCUGCGUAGAACAGUCGGUUAUGAAGAUGUUUUGACUCGUCACUUCUUGGGACAAACUCAUGAGAAGAACGAUCUGAGCAUCCUAGAACCGAGAGGCAGGAAUAGCACUGACGAUAUAGUUCUGAACGCAGAGCUCUCUGGCUAUUUUGACAAAGCCAUCCACCAUUUCGUGACAGAUACUGGUGAGGAACGUGGUGUGGUUCUCACGCCCGACGGCACCACUGUUGCCCUGGCCCCACUUCUCAUAGGUAUUGAAACCGGGCUGAAGGCCAAGGAGGAGAAUACCUCUCCUGAAGGAUUGUUCGUUCUCACAUUGGCCAAACAUUUGGGCCUGUCAUUCCUCAAAUCCAUAAUUCCACCCCUGCUGAAUGCCUUGGUCCAAUAUGGCUGUUGGGACAAUGUAACUGCCCCAGUGAUGUUCACUCUCUCUGGAAUGGCAUCUCUGGCCACUGAUGCACUAAUCAAUGGAGGGAUGGAUGGGUCUGUUUUAGGGAAUCACCUAUUUGGGUUUUCUGAUAUCAAUGACAAGCUUAGUAGGAUAUUGAGGGAAUACUAUUCACAAGCACCAGAGAAGCUUGAGCCGGGAUCAGGCAACUCCCUUACGAGCCCCCUUCGCAGGCAGAACUUCAAAGACCUUGUGACUCCUGCUUUACUGCAGGAGAAGGUUCUGGAAGCCUUAAAUCUGGAGGGAAUGCAAGGGGAUGUUGAACUGGAAAGAGUGGUGAAAGAGGGGGUAGAGGAAUUUGUGCAACGCUACAUGGAAUGCCCUGCUAUCAUUCCACGGUGUCAGUGGGGCGCUGAACCAUUUCGUGGCACCCCUGUUUCGCUGUCUCCACCUCUCCCCUUCUUCUAUGUCCACCACACUGAGGUCCCUAGCAAGCCAUGUCUGACCUUCCAGGAGUGCUCAAAAGAUAUGCAAUCAAUACAACACUUCCAUCAGGUUGAGAGAGGCUGGCAUGACAUAGGCUACAGCUUUGUCGUAGGUUCUGACGGGUACAUCUAUGAGGGUCGUGGUUGGAUGACACGUGGAGCCCACACUAGAGGCCAUAACACUUUCGGUUAUGGGGUGGCUUUUAUUGGGAAAUAUUCUUCCACCCUUCCCUCGGUGUACUCAAUGGAACUAAUGCGCCAUCACCUGGUCACAUGUGCCGUAGGCAGAGGAUUUCUGCAGGGAAAUUACACGCUGUAUGGCCAUAGGCAAGUGGUGGCCACUGACUGCCCAGGUGAUGCGCUAUACUCAGAGAUCAGAGGAUGGGAACAUUACAAAGAAAGCAAUCCCCUUAACACUUACAAGUGGCACACAGGGGCCAAGCACGCCAACGACGGAGCAAAGGGUAAGGGAGAAGGACAGGGGACUGUCGAGCGAUUAGAGAAGGGCUCCAGCACCAAAUGGAGUAAAAUGCAGAGCUGGCGAAAAGCCUUGAGUGAGGACGCGGGAGACAGGGCGUCAGCCGCGGGCAAAAAGGCAGAGAACGCUCCAAAACAGGACAAGCACGCGACCUCUCGUAAGAACCCCUUCCGUAGGGCUCUAUCUGAGCCACCGGGGUCACUUCUGUCCUCUGUCCUUUCACCUUCGUCAUCAUCAUCAUCAAGUCAACCUAACGCAGAGGCCUCUGGUUCCAACACUCAGGACACAGCACAGAAGGGUAAACUCAGGAAAUACCUGGACACCGUCUCGCAGAAGUUCAAAAGACCUCGACUGCAAAGUCGUAACAGUACCCCCAUCAUAGAGCAUGAUCCUGGGAAACUAGAGGUUGAAAGUGAAGCCACUGGUACUGUUAGACUCUCUUGGGCCCCACCCCAAGAUGUUCCUGUCUGGGACAUCAACAGCUGCAUCCUCCAGGAUGGACAGAUCAUCAUUCCUCGAGAGGAGGAGCCGGUGAUGAGGACGCGGAAUCGGGCCAGCAGCUGUCUAUCCUCUACUAGCCUGCAAAACCUCGCAGAGAGCCACACUAAUCUAGAAUGCAGUCCAGAUCAUGUGGCUCCCCUAAGUGGUCCCAAAUUAAAGGGACAAGAUGGAGGGGUCCGAGCUAUGAUCAAGCGACGCUUCCAGAGUGGAGCUAUGAGAAAAAGCAACCCACAGCUGGAUAUUGCUGGACUGAGUUCUGGGGGACGACACUUUGGCUCCAAGGAAUCCUUGUCAGUGCCAGUGAGUGCUGCGGAGAAUCUGGAUCUCAGUACAGACCAAAGCACUGUCAUAAGGCCUGUGCACAGCUCCAUCCUGGGAGAGAAGUACUGCUUUGAGGUCAUCAAUUCAAAGAGCAAUCAUUGCUUUGGGUGUAGUUCUGCAGCAGAGAGAGACCGCUGGAUUGAGAAUCUUCGACGAGCAGCUCAACCCAACAAAGACAACUGUGAGCGUAUGGAAAACUCCCUUAGCCUGUGGGUAAACGAGGCAAAGGACCUGCCACCUAAAAGGCGUUACUACUGCGAGUUGCACUUGGAUGGAACCUUGUUCGCUCGAACAAGCAGCCGAGCCACUGGAAAGUCCUCCCAACGUUCCAGCGUAGUGAGUGAUGGUAAUGCUGGGGCGGCAGGGAGUGGUCCUGGGGGUAGUGGGUCAGCCGGAGGGUGUCAGCUUUUCUGGGGUGAGCUGUUUGAGCUAGACAAUCUGCCACCUGUCUCUCAGCUCACUCUGCACCUCUUCCGUGACGAGGAUCCAAAAAAGAAGCGACACUCCAAAGAUGAGUUCUCCCUGCAUCCACUGGGCAGUGUGGCUCUAACUCUGGCAGACAUACAGGGUCGGGCCUUUCAGGAAAAAUGGUACCCCAUUGUGCCCUACAAGCCACCAGGCUCAGCUGGGGUUAAGGAUCAACUGGGGACUCAGGCAUCUCUUCGUGUGAAGGCACGGUUCCAAAACUUACAGGUGCUUCCCAUCGAACGAUACAAAGAGUUUGCAGAGUUUGUGACGGUGAACUAUGUGGACAUGUGUAGUAGCUUGGAGCCCUUGUUGAACGUCAGGGAGAGAGAAGAACUGGCUGGUGCCCUGGUGCAUGUGCUGCAAAGUAUAGGCAAGGCGAAGGAGUUCUUGAUUGACCUGGGCAGUGCUGAGGUACAACGACUGGAAGAGAAGGAGGCUUUGAUUUUCAGAGAGAACACCCUUGCCACAAAGGCGAUUGAUGAAUACAUGAAGCUUGUGGGGCAGAAGUAUUUAAUUGAUACACUCGGUGACUUCAUCGCUCAGUUGUAUGCUUCAACAAAGAGCUGUGAGGUGGAUCCUCGUAAAUGCCAGGCCUCUGAACUGCCUGUCAACCAGAAGAAUCUUAAAGAGACUUGUGAGGAGGUGGUGCAGAGAAUUACUGAGAUGCAAAGCUCAUUUCCCGUGGAGCUGAAUGAGAUCUUUUCCAGCUGGGUCUCUGACUGUGAGAGCCGUGGGCGUGCAGAGAUCGGUCAUCGGCUCAUUUCGGCAUCUCUGUUUCUCCGGUUCUUGUGCCCUGCCAUUCUCAGCCCCUCACUGUUCGGUCUCACCCAACCCUAUCCUGAACCAAACACUCUCCGUACACUGACUCUCACUGCUAAGGUCAUACAGAACCUCGCCAACUCCACUUUGUUUGGAGAGAAGGAGGAGUACAUGUUCUUCAUGAACGACUUCCUAGAAGAACACUGGGAGCACAUGAGCAGCUUUCUGCAAAGGGUGUCUAAUCCAGACAGCGAGCUGGAUAUGGCACGCUUCGAUGGAUAUGUUGACCUGCCCCUUCGUCUGGCAGUCCUUCACAGCCUCCUAGUGGACAUCAUUGUUCCUAUGAAGCAGGAUACUAUAGACAACCUCCAACCCUUGCCCUCAAUUCUUAACCGGAUCACAGAUUGCCUUGGUGCAGAUGCUCCUCGCAUCACUGUUAGCAGUAUCGGUCAGCCAAAGCCCACCUAUGUUCCCCCAAAAGACCUGGGCAAGUACAGUCCUCUGCAUAACUCCAUGCAGCAGUUGCCAAUGGACAACAAAUCCACACCAGCGAGGCAGAAAAAGAAAGUUGAGAGGUCACUGAGUGUCCCCAACAGACGACUUGUGCAGAACCGACCACACAUGAAGAGGCAGAUCAGCAAUGAGGAACUGCAAACACAGGAGGAAGAUUUGGAGCAAAAACAAGACGUUAGUCCCGCGAUGGAUAUUUCAUCUCCAAGAAACAGACAAGCUCAACCCGCACCAGUGGCAUGGAUUAAAGAGAACAACGACAAGGAACCUAAUCAAAUGAAACCAGAGAAUGAGCAGAUUAACAUACUGGACAGACAUGCCCAGGAGUUAUCUGAACUUCGUCUUGGAGUGGAGCAAGUGACAGAGCGUGAGCUGGAGAUGGCAAAGCGCUUGGAAGAUUUCAUUGCGCAGAGCCAGGAACAGAAUGCACAACUGCAGGCCGAGGUGCAUGAACUUCGGAACCUUCUAGCAAUCCGGGAGGAGCAACUUGCUAGUGCUACAUUCAGGCUGGGGGUUAUAGAGGAAGAGAGGGAGGAGGAUGAGAGAAAGCUGAGCAUUGCUAUGGCAGCAGCAGAACGAAUGAAUGUACUGGAGGAACAGUUUGCUGUCUUCAUAAAGGAUGUAGCUGCCCAAGGUGGUGCCCAAUGAUGAAUGGAUACUCAGUCAUAAACACCUAGUGGCUGACAGGAAGCUACACCAUCCCUUGCUCUAUGCAAGCUGUGCCAUAGAUCUGCUGUUGGCUUCACUUUCAUUAAAGUCUAUCAUAAAUCAUUCCUUAUACUUAUAAUCGUUUCAUGUUUAAUGCUGAUGAUGUCACAACAUUGUACAGGUGAAGACCAUGGGAUGUAGUUAAAAUGCCAAGAAAAAUGCCAAGGCAUAUGCAGUAUCAAGAGUUUGGGGUAAAUUCAUAGUAGAACAAUCUC